AACUAUCGUGUCAUCGUACGUAAUAAUUACUCAACAUCGAGGAAAAACUUGCUUAUUCAUACUUACUUUCAAGUUUUCCGUGGAUAAUACAUCGCACCAUAAGAUAAUUUUAGAAUUGUAAAGAAAAAUGAGUAUCGUCAACUUUUCAAAUAUGCUGUCAUUCGGGACUCGAUACACGAGAAACAUCUCUUUGAUCAUAAGAUCGAUGUCAGUUGUGGUACAACCAAAUUAUGAGGAAAUAAUUAAGCCGAAAACAGCUGUCUUGAUGUUAAAUAUGGGUGGGCCAACGCAUACUGAUCAAGUUCCUGAUUACCUGUUGCGUAUCAUGACUGAUCGAGAUAUGAUUCAGCUGCCUGUGCAAAGUCAAUUGGGCCCAUGGAUUGCAAAACGACGUUCUCCUGAAGUACAAAAAAAAUAUGCUGAAAUAGGCGGUGGCUCUCCCAUUCUCAAAUGGACCAAUCUUCAGGGAAAAUUGUUGUGCGAAAAUCUUGACAGAGUGUCACCUGAAACUGCUCCGCACAAGCAUUACGUAGCAUUUCGUUAUGCUGAUCCUUUAACAGAGGAUACACUGCAGCAAAUAGAGAAGGAUGCUCCAGAACACACAGUUAUAUUUUCUCAGUAUCCGCAGUACAGCUGCGCAACAACAGGAUCUAGUUUUAAUGCUAUUUAUCGAUAUUAUAAAAACAGAGAAUUACCGAAGAACAUGAAGUGGAGUGUCAUUGAUAGGUGGUCAACGCAUCCACUUCUAGUCAAGAGUAUAGCACUAAGGAUCGAAGAAGAGCUAAAGCAUUUUCCAGAAAAUGAAAGAGACCAAGUUAUACUAUUAUUUUCUGCGCAUUCCUUGCCGUUGAAGGCUGUCAAUAGGGGAGAUGCAUAUCCAUCAGAAGUUGGUGCCACCGUUAAUGCAGUGAUGCAGGAGUUAGAUCACAAAAAUCCUUACUGUUUGGUAUGGCAAUCAAAGGUCGGGCCUUUACCAUGGCUAGCUCCAUUCACCGAUGAUGCUAUUAAAGAGUACGUCAAACACGGGAAAAAACACUUCAUUCUAAUACCAGUGGCUUUCGUCAACGAGCACAUUGAAACUCUUCAUGAAAUGGAUAUUGAAUACUGUCACGAUUUAGGAAAGGAGUUGGGGAUCAAAAACAUAAGAAGAGCAGCUGCGCCGAACGACCAUCCCAUUUUCAUCGAUGCCCUUACGGAUAUCGUUAGCAAGCAUUUGAGAUCCAAUCGCCCGGUAAAUCCGAAAUUCUUGACGAGAUGUCCACAUUGCGUAAAUGCUAACUGCGGUUUAAGCAAAACUUGGUACUCCAAAAUCUGUAAAAUAUGAUCGAAAAGAAUAGAAGUUGGGCUAUGGUGUGAAAAUAAAUAUUAAUUACCGGGAUAACAAACUUGGGGUUGGUGAGAAGGUAAACCAUUUUGGCAUUUGUGGCUUAUGAAAUUAUGUGUUAAAACACAUGAAGAAAUAUUUCUACAAUCAUUGAAAUCGCACAGUAUUUUUCGUUUGUCAACUGAGCUUGUCAACCAUCGUUUGGGAGUAUAUUUAUAUUGUACAGUUAUACUCAUUGCAAACGUGUAAUCUGCGUAUACGCUUGUGACGCUUUAUAUUUUGCCAGAGCUCUAUUUUUUUGUCACAAAUAAUAUCUUCUAUUGCUCCGACAAUAAAAUUCUCUUCAUAGAAA